UUACUGAGAAAAUGCAGAACUCCUCUAUCCUGUGGCAGGAAAAAGCCCGUUUCUUUCGUUUUGUGGGAGGGAGCGUCUCCCGAAGCCCAGCUCUGCGCUCUGCCACCGCAGAGCGGAGUCCGGCGGCAGGAUGGGCGACAUGCCCCCCACCAACUGCUCGGUGCCCAGCGUCGCGGUGGAGGUGUCCGUGGCCACGCUGCUCCUGCUGGAGUGCGGGCUGGGCCUUCUGGGCAACGCCGUGGCGCUGUGGACCUUCCUCUUCCGCUACGCCGUCUACCUGCUCAACCUGGUCGUGGCCGACCUCCUGCUGACCUUCUGCCUGCCCUUCCACGCCACCUUCUACCUGAGACGCAAGGCGUGGCGCUCUGGACACGCGUCCUGCCAAACCCUGCUCUUCCUGCAGGUCCUCGGCCGCGGGGUGGGCGUCGCCUUCCUCACGGCCGUGGCCGUGGACCGGUACUUCCGGGUGGUCCGCCCUCGGCUGAAGGUCAACCUCCUGUCCCCCCGGGCGGCCUGGGGGGUGUCUGGCUUCGUGUGGCUGCUGCUGCUCGGCCUCACGCACCAGAGCCUGUUCGUCUCGGAGGCCGCGUGCCCCAGUCUGGAGCCCGGGGGACAAUUGUCCUUCAGCCUCAUCUGGCAGGAAGCACUGUUCUUCCUGCAGUUCAUCCUUCCCUUUGGCCUCAUCCUGUUCUGCAAUGCCAGGAUCCUCAGGACCCUCCAGAGGCGACUCCGAGACCCCGACAGACAGCCCAGGGUGCAGCGGGCCCAGGCGCUGGUGACCGUGGUUGUGGUCCUGUUCGCAGUGUGCUUUCUGCCCAGCUUCCUGGCCCGGGUCCUGUUGGCCGUCGUCCGCGGGGCGGGCGGCUGCAGGGUCCUAGGAGUGAUGGUGCACGUGUCCGACGUGGCCAACGGCCUCACCUACUUGCAGAGCGUGCUGAACCCGGUGGUGUACUGCUGCUCGAGCCCCACGUUCAGAGCCUCCUACCGCAAGGUCUUCAACACCCUCAGGGGCCGUGGGAGGGAAACCGAGGCCCCGGGGGACAUCAAAGGCUCCUACUCCUGAGGCCGGCCAGCCCGCCGGCCCCGGGGCACAGGAAAGGCGGGGGUCUGAGCGCUAACGACCAGUACUGAGGGUUGCAGGGAGAGGAAACUUCGGGGCUGCGCCACAAGGACCGGGACCCACACGCCGGCACACACGCGGUCUGCGGGAUUUCCUUCAGCUACUCUGCACCAUCGGACCGCGGAGCAGAGUAGCAAGCCAGAGCCUCCUUCCCACCCACAAUGAUGCAGACUGAGCUGCUGACCUGGAAGCAGACAGCUGCUGCGACCCCUGCCACCUCCCCCAGAAGGAAGGCGUUCUCAUGGGUCUGUCAUGAAAGGAUGAAGGCAGAGACGGGCGCUGCUCUCCCUCUGUCUGGUCUUGGGGAGUUGUCUGCUUUCACUCUGCAGAGAGUCUGCUCUCUCCCCACCUGCUGCACAGACCUGUGAUGACCGACCCAGGAAAGUGGCACGCGGGGCUGUAGGCCACGUUCGGGGUGCGUACCUUAUCGUGUUCCAUGCUCGGCUCUGCCUGGUACAUAGUGUUUUACAGUUGAUAAAAUUUUGGUUUGCAUAGACGGUACAUGAUGUCAAAGACAGCACAGUUUCCUAGUUUAUUAUAAGAAAUACGUUCCUACUAAAUUUCUCAAAAUUGCCGCCAGAACUUCUCUCUCAAGUUUGACGGUCUAAAUGCUUCUGAAACUCUCUUUGCUUCCCUGCUCUGAGGAGUCCCUGUAGUUUAUACCUCGUGGAGAAAUGUGCAGUUUCCACCCGAUCCCGGGGCUUACCUGGCGCAGAGGGGCCCCCAGGGACCGGCCCCGGCCCGGAAGGCCACAUGGUCCUAUGUCAUGCUCUUAGAUUAUGCCCCACACCUGGAGCUCAUGACGGUGACAAGAAAGUUUGGAAGUCUCCUUCCUGACUGCCUUGUCUCAUUCUCUGUUCAAACCUGGUGCUGUGGUCCCCAAAAGGGACUCGCCAAAAUGCUGAGAGGAGGCACAGGGCCUAGUUUGUGACGAGGCCCACACCUGGGGCUUCCCUGGAGCCACACCUGCCUUGUCCACGCGGACAGAGCCCUGCUCUUCCCCAGCCGCCCCAUGAUCUUGGUAAUACUCAGGGCUAAGUGGUGACCUCAGGCCAGAGGAAAUGGCAAUCUGACCUCCUGUAUCGCUCGCCUACCAGGUAGGCUCCUUCUCGGAACCAAGUUUAAAAUGUGCAUGUGUUCCUGUCCUGUGCUCUGCCUGACACGGUCCCCGGAGGAUGGCAACUGCGCUCAGCGAGACUGUGCUACUGUUGCCCGUUUUGUGUCCUCCCGAGUGAGUGGAAUUUCAGGAGACUGGCAGAGAGCUGUGGCCAGGCAAUUAUGCGAGAGGUUCGAAUAAAAUUCUCUGCUCUGGACACAGUCUACACCGUGACUGUCUUCUUGUCGUGGGCUCACUGCACGUGCCAUUCCGCACGAUGCUGCUUUUUAAAAAUCUAACAUUUAACAUACAUUCAAUUAAACAUAACCUUUUCCACGUCAUGAUAAACUCUCCAUAGGCAUUCUUUACUUGAUCCCCCCAUAAUCUGUCCAGAUGUUUCUUAACCAUUUCCCUGAGGCUGGACAUUGAGGUCUGCGGCCCUCUGCACAGGUAAAUCAGGCUGUGAAGUCACAGCCCCCCAAUAGACCUUGCUGCAGCCCUGCCCACGGGCCUCCUGAACAGGCUCGUGGCCCCGCGCCAGGCUCUGCGUGAACCUUCCCGGCACAGCAGUCUCCGGGCUCCUUGUUGGGCCAGCCAGCCUUGCCCAGGAGCUCGGCAGCCAGCUGCACUUCCCACCGAUCCCUGCUCGUUCACCCGGCAACUGGGGGUCUCAUUGCAGCAGAGCCCUGGCCCUCCUCUCUGCUCCUGCCCACACAACAGGUGGGGGGCCCAGGAUCUUUAGAAACACCUGAUGCCUCGGCCAAGCCUGUCGUUCUGACUCGGUCAGUCUGGGGAGCCCUGGGGCCCCACGGUUUUUGAAGCACCCUCGUUAAUUCUGUGAAUGUGCGGCCAGAGCUCUGUGCACUGGGUGAGUGGCCACGUUCAGGGCCCUUGGUCAGCAUCCUGCUCUGUCACUUCCUAGCUUUGUGACCCAGGACAAACCGCCCAACCUCUCUGAACUUCCCUCGCCUGUGAAAUGGGGGUAACAAAACCCUAGCCGUAGGAUUGUUGCACGGCUGAAGGAAAACAAUGCAUGAAACGUUGAGCACGGAGCCGGGCACAGCACUGGCGUCCAGCAGGCAUGACUCUGCUGCUCCCGGGGCUCGGUUUGUUCCUACCACUUUGUUUCCCCCCCGCACCGGACUGCGCCCUGCGGGGACACUGUGCGUUAUCCGUGCACCCCCAGCACAGAGCCUAGAGCGGGACGGGCAGCCCGUGAGCUGCAGGUCUCAACAUUCUGCCAACUCAAAGGUUUGUCAGGUUUCUUUCUUUCUGGGAAAUCGUUUCCAGAUCUUCUCUGAGCUUCUGUCGUCCGCGAAUUUCGUUCAUCACGUCUGUGGAAAGGGACACUGUCUCUGCACGUUGGCAGGUUCCGGCUCCAGCCGACACCCGCCUCUGAGGCCGUUUCUCUGGCAUCGUGUCCUGUCACUCCAAUCGCAGAAGCCCCGCAAGUUCUGCACCAGACGCUGUCUUCUCUGAAGACGUACUGUGGAGGAAGGGUUCUUGCCCUUCUCCAAACUAUUUUCUCUGAGUAGGGAAAUGAGUCAGAAGGAAAGUGUGGGCAGGCAGCAAACGACGGGCCUCAGAACCACAGCGACUUUGCUGUCAGUCGCAAGUUUUACUUUCUUUUCUCCUUUGCCUCAUUUCUCAUAAUUCAGCAGGUGCACAGUCUCAUCUGUGAGUCUUGCAAAUCUCAGCAUUGUCUGGAAGGACGGCCAAGAGACUGAAUUUCAAUCUGAGUGAUGAUUUCUUUCACUAUUCAGAGGAGACCAUCAGUGUUUUUAAAUCCUGUUAAUGUUGUCAUUUCUUAUUCCAACUCCAGGAGGCCACUGAUUCCUCCUUGGCUAAAUGUAAGUCUUCCAGGGGUGCACAGAACAGUCGGAUCUCUGUCUUAUGACUUCCUGCCCACACUUUCUGGUCCAGCCCCUGAGACUGGCCUCUUCAUAAAGCCCCCUGGCAACACCCCACCUGCACCCCGACACAUUCCCCCCACCCUGCAGGUCGCCCUCUGGCGCUCACACCUGCUCUCCCCUCUGCGUCCCUGCCCAGAAUCUUGGAAAGCGUCCAUGUAUCUUUACGUCCCUAGCACUGUGCACAGGGCCUGGCACAUAGCAGACACGGACUACAUUUGUGGAAUAAAUAAUAAAUACAUGAUCAAAUCGACCUGAUUUAAAGUUAACAAAUGGACUUUAUUAAUUACUUAACAGGUUUUUUUAAAAUUUUUUAUUAUGUUAUGUUAGUCACCAUACAGUUUUUUUUUUAAAUAUACUUUGAAAUUCUGGAUCGAGAGGCAAACUUAAAAUAUCCUUAAAGGAUUUUCUAGGAAGACACUAACACAAAUAAAAAUAAGAUAAUUUUUCAUAUUUAUUGGAGAAAACGUUUUCACAGUUACUUCUGCCACUAAUGGAGUCAAUGAUUUUGAUUUAUUUAUGGGUCAGGGUAAUGAACUGACUGUGUAACUGCCCAUGGGCUGGGUCAGGGGCUGUGAAGUGCGUCAGCAACUUUCAGACACUUCUGGAACACACCACUAGUGUUCAUGGACUCCCCAAGCGCUGCCGUCCUUGGAAUGUCUCCCUUUUUACAUUGUGGUAAAAGACACAUCACGUAAGAUUUGCCGCCUUAACCAUCUUUGGUGCCCAGUCCAGUGGCAGUAAGUAUAUUCACACUAGUGCCGCCAUCACCACAGUCCAUCUCUAGAACUUUCCAUCUUCCCCAGCUGAAGCUCUGACCUGUUUAGCAAGCCCAACCCCUGCCCCGCUCCUGCCACGCCCCUGCUGCCCACCUGGCUCCUUUGUGUCUCCGGGGAUGGGGCUGCCGCAGGGACCUCAUGAGGGUGGGCCGCAGGGUGUCUGUCUUUAUGUUGCUGGCUUAUUCAGCUCCCCACCCCCUCCGGCCCGAGCUUCCAGGCUGCAGGAGGGUCAGAAUUCCCUUCUUCCAGGCCGAAUAAUAUGCCUUGCGUGGACAGACCACGUUCUGCUGACCCAUUUAUUUGUGAGCGGACACCUGAGCCACUCCCGUGGACGGGGGAGCGCAGCGGUCUCUUCCAGACCCCGCUCUCCAUCCUGUUGAGUACGUAGGUACCAGAGGGAUUGCUGGAUCGCCUGGAACU